UUCCAAAUAAUAAUAUUUCUGACUAACAAUCUAACAAUAUUACUUUGUUUUACUUUUCUCCCAAGCAAACUUCAAACAAAUUCCAUCUCUCCCAAGUGGAGAAUUUGGGCCUAGCCUUAUAGACAUUAUUAACUCAAACUUCUUACUAAGUCCGCCGCCGCUAGGGCAGACGUCUGAGCUACAACACAUGGGUUCUUCCGCCGUCCUCCGCCGCUGGAUCUCUAGCAGUGGAAUUUCGAGAUCUCGCAGCAUUUCCUAUUUCAGCAAUUCAGCUGCAAAUCGGAUGAUGAGCACGGCGGCCACGAGCGGCGGCGUUAGUUCACCGCCGGCGCCAUGGCUGAUGCUGCCACCGGCCGUCGAUGAAAGCGGCGACCUAGCUUACAGAUUCCAGAGCCUCGCAACGAAGGAGGAAUUGAUUCACAAAAACAAGAUAUCCAGCGAUGAAUUGCAGUUAGAUGAAUUGCAGUUACCAGCCGAAAUCGACCUAAUCAAGGACGUCGAUUUCGUCGGAUCUUCGCACGGGUGGCUUGCUCUGUACAACCGGCGAAGCACCGAUCUGUUCCUCUCAAAUCCAAUCGCCGAUCGACACGUAAAGCUUCCGCCUCUCCCCGGCGCCGACCGCGUGAUCCUCUCCGCCUCAGACGCGCCUCUCGCCUUCGCGACUUUCGGUUCGCGCCGCGAACUCGCCUUCUGCCGGCCGCACCGCCGCGGCGGAGAGUGGACUCACUUCGGCGGCGACUACACCUACGACAAUCUGGUGUACUCGACCAAACACAAGCGCCUCUUCUGCGUCUGCCACGAACAAGAAUACUACGGGAUAAAUAUAAUCUUAGAAGGUUGGGAUGUUGAUCGAAUUGAAGAGCGGCCUCCUAAGCUCGAUUGGGUGAUUCAAGGAAACGACGAGCUGAAUCUAGCUGAUUAUCGGCGCGACUGGCCGGGGCGGUCGGAAUUCAAGAAGGAGUGCUUGCAGGUGUUUUAUAUGGUCUGCGACGAGCAUUCCGGCGACGUGUUUCUCGUGGUGCGCCACGUCAACCCCCGGGUGGGGCCCUUCGGGGCCCUCGUGGACAAAAUCGUGUUGUCUCAUUACAGGGGCUGUCACUUCAUGAAGAUUCCGUACAAGACAUUUGAUUUCGACGUGUACAGAAUUGACUUCGAGCGAGGCGAAGUGAUCAAUAUGGUGGGGUCGCUUGGGGGUCUCGCGAUCUUCCUCGGGAUCAACGAGCCUUUCACAAUUCCGGCAAUUGCCGGAGUUGUGAAGGCGGAUUGUAUCUACUUCACCGACGAGAACGUUCUCGUCGGACCGACGAAGCUGGAAAAGACAAGUUACGGCGGCCACGAUAAUGGUGUUUUUGAUUACGAGAAGAAGGAUUUCUAUCCCUGCUGCGAUUUGUAUCCGAUUGAAUACGAGAAGAUAAGGAAGAUUCUGCCGCUGCCGCUGUGGUUCACUCCGGCUGCCGCCGCCCUUUUCGAUUCUAAAUAAUGCUUUGAUUUGUGCUCGAAAUAAUGUAGGAACGUUCAUUCUAUGGAUUAUGAUUAGUUUAGUAAAUUUCUUGUGAUGUGAAAGGUUUGUGUGGCGAAAUCAAUCGGGUCCAAGUUUUGAUGCUUAA